AUGAAGGAAACUGAGGCGGGGUUCUGCUUCCGAGCUCCUCUCCCUGUUUGUGACUUGGAUGGUGACGUACCGCUUUAUCCUGACGCGAAACGAUUAAAGUUAUGCUCAUCUCGUGUCUCAAGUGUUUACGAGCGAAUCUUCAAUCGGAAUUGUCGGGAUCUUAGUGGGAAAGACAAAAGCAACAACAUCACAACUUACAACGGUUCUUCCUUUAAAAAUCUACUACCAUCCGUGAGUUUGAAGGCAUUUAAUCGGCCUGGUGAUGUUUGUCAUUAUUUCCUACAAAGUUUUGUAUCCGAUAAUCGUAUUUACUCGCAAAAAAUGAAGCAGUCAUCCGUUUUCAGCUCUACUCCGUUUAGUGGUCACACAAAGUCAUCUCUAGAGAAAAAUCACAUCUCAUCUGAAAGGCAGAUAUAUCAACGGUUGUUAGAUAAGGCGUCAUCAUUUUCCCGAACUCCUACUGGCAAACCUACGAAUAAUGCAUGUGGUCCCAUCACUAUAAAUCUUGACGAAAUUAAAGAUAAUCACUAUUCUUUAUUGCGGCAAUGUAAUCUUUCUCCAAUUCUUCCGAGGAACCGAAUCCAGCUAAUUGACGACGCUAAUAUCAGUGAUUCGAAAACUCGUGCGUGGCUUGAAAGUAUUGCAGAAUCUCCCUACUUAUCGGAUAACUGGCUUAACAACUUGACCUCAAGCUAUCAGGCUAAAAAGAAUGAACGUGAACGUGACUAUGAGUUGGCGAGAGCAAACAUACGAUUUUGGGAGAAGCAGCGUGCUUCAGCUGAAAAAGAGCGUAUUGACAAUCUUGAACAGAGACUUGCUUGUUUACUAAGAACACCUCCUAUUCUGGAAGAUCCAUAUUUAGUACCCCAACCUAUUCCCAUUGAACUGCCAUAUAAACCUGUCAAAGUUAAAGAACCCAAAGUACCAGCUCUUCCUGUUUUAACUGCACCUCAACUAGCUGAGAUUGAAGCAGCUCUUCGUACUGGUUCUCCAGAUGAAGUACUUGUAGAUAAAUUUAGAUUAGUUAUUACGCGUCGUGAAUUAAUGACAUUAACUGGAACAAAUUGGUUAAGCGAUAUGGUAAUCAAUUUCUACCUACAAUUGUUACAACAUCGAAGUCAAAAUCAAACAAAUCUUCCUCGUAUCGCUGUUUUAUCAACAUUUUUUUAUGCAAAGUUAACAGCACCAAUAGGUGGAGGUUAUUCAGGAGUCCGACGUUGGACACGACAAUCAAAAUUAUUUGAUCAAGAUAUUGUACUUAUCCCAAUUCAUGACAGAGGAAUGCAUUGGUGUUUAAGUUGUAUUGAUUUACGUGUCAAAACGAUAACAUAUUACGAUUCCAUGGGUUCUGGUAACAUGAAGUGUUUGGAACAGUUAAUGGAUUAUUUGAAAAAUGAAUCAUUAGACAAAAGAAAUGUUGAACUGCCAGAUCCGGAUUCUUGGAAACUCGUUAAUACAGAGGACACUGUGCCUCAGCAGUACAACGGUUCCGAUUGUGGUGUUUUCCUCUGUACAUUUGGUGAAUUCAUCUCUCGUGAUGCUUCUUUUACAUUUAGUCAGGAUGAUAUGCCAGGAAUACGUAAACGUAUGAUGUAUGAAAUAUUGACACAACAAUUAUUAACUACAAAUUUCAAAUUAAUUGAUGAUGAUAAAUAA